AUGUAGGUAAAGGCAAUAUAAAAUUAAACUUUAUACAAUCUUAUCUAGGAUUUAAGACAUAUUGUACUAAUUUAGUUAUCGAAAAAUGAAAAAAAUGAUCAUUUAAGAUAGGCAGUCAGAUUCGACUUUGAAACUUCAAAACCAGCUGAAAUACUUGAGUUGAUUCAUGAUAUGGAUUAAAAAGCUAUAUAAAACGAGUAAAAGUAUAAGUUAUAAAAAAUUAGAAGAAUUUGCUUUAUUGACUAUGAUCCUCUUGAGGAAAAAGACAAAAAAUUGGAAAAAUAUCUUCAGUUAUUUAGCAAUGAGAAGACCUUGGCUGAAUAUAAGUUUUACUGUCUUAAAGAGGGACUAAAUAGUUUUUCUAAAAAGUAUCCAUUUUUGAUGUUAAAUAACGAUGAUUUCGAGAACAUAGAAGAAAAGAAGAAAGAAGCACCUAAAGAUUCAAGGGAUAUUUUAAAUGAUAAAUAAAAAAAGGUUUUAUAUUCUUAUAGUUAAUUUCCUUUUGAAAUAGUAGAAGAUGUGCUAUUCUUGGGUAAUGUAUAUCACUCAAACAGCUAAAUGUAUUUGAAUGACUUAAGCAUCAAGAUAAUGAUUGAUUUUAUUACAUAUAGUGAAGAAGAUACUUAAAAAAUACCUUCUUUUAAGACUGAAAAAUUUGAAUAUAAAAAUAUUCCCCUUGAUGCCAAACAGUCAGUCACCUUAGAUUUUGAUGAAAUUAACAAAUAUAUAGAGUAAUAAAUCAGUGAAAAUAAAGGAAGAGUUCUUCUAUAUUGUUCAAAUGGCUAAUCAAUAAGUCCUGCAUUUGCUAUAUCCUAUUUAAUGUACAAACAAAAAAUGAACAUAUAACUAGCAAGUAUGAAAGUGUUUGCUUUAAUAGGCAAAGUGAAUAUCGCUUAGUGGAUAUAUACUUAAUUAUUAGUUUACAAACCAAAAUAUUGA